CCUCAGGCCACACCCCCCACCGUCUUCUUUCUUUUCUCUCUCUCUCUCUCUUUAUUUUCUCCAACUCACCGUCUGCUCUCCCUCUCCUGGGUUAACGGAGGGUCAUGGCCACGCUUGCUCCCUCCAUCGCCCCCGCUUCUGCGGUGGCCCCGUUGGUGCCCGCCAUUGCGGCCAAGCCGACGGUUUCACCCUCGCCUGGUCCGGGCACGCCCGGAUCGAUCACCUCGAGAGAAUGGGUCAUCCCGCCCCGUCCGAAGCCCGGGCGCAAACCGGCCACCGAUACGCCUCCCACGAAACGCAAGGCCCAGAAUCGCGCUGCCCAGCGAGCCUUCCGGGAACGCCGCGCCGCCCGCGUCAACGAGCUUGAGGAUCAGAUCAAGCUGAUCGAAGAUGAACACGACAUGUACGUCCUCGGGCUCAAGGAGCAGAUCGCCAACCUCUCCCAUGAAGUCGACCAAUGCCGGAACGACAUCAACUGGUGGCGCGACCGCGCCCACUCCCUGGAGAAGGAGGUCUCUGUUGAACGGAGUGCCAAGGAGGCCCUCGUCAAGGAAUUCCGCACCUCCCUGUCCGACCCGUCCGCCGCACCCGCCGCCCGCCCGGAGCGAACCGCCGCGCAGACCCGGUCGACGGCCAAGGAAUUUGUAUCCGCCGCCAGCGAGAAACCGCCAGCACACCACCACAAGGACUUCGUCGACGACGCGGACGAGGUGCCGCUGGGAUGCCCGGACUGCUCCUCCGUCCACUGCCAAUGCAUCGAGGACGCCUUUGCCAUCCCGGGAGUCGACCUGUCCAAGCGCCCCGGCACCGGUGCCAUCCCGAUGACUCGCUACCCCGAGCCCGCCGUCAAGCCCGACCCCGAGGAGAUGGAGAUCGAUUUCACCGCCCGCUUUGCGGCCUCCCGGCCCUCGGACGAGGUCUCCGUGGUCUCGUCGUCCGACUCCCCCGCGGUCGACCCCUGCGGCUUCUGCCAGGACGGCACUCCCUGCAUCUGCGCCGAGAUGGCCGCCCAAGAGGAGCAGCGGCGGCGCUCGUUCGAGAACAACCGACUGGCCCCCAUCCAGAACCUGUCGCAGUUCACGCCGCCGCCCUCGGACGGCGACGUGCGGUCCGAGGUGACUCUCCCCCCGAUCAGCCAGGCCACCAACCCCUGUGCUAACGGGCCCGGAACCUGCGCGCAAUGCAUGGCAGAUCCCCAGAGCACUCUAUUCUGCAAGACGCUGGCGGCCGCCCGCUCUUCCCGCGGCGCCCCCUCAGGCUGCUGCGGUGGCAAAGGUCCCGACGGCGGCUGCUGCCAGUCCUCGCAGUCUGCCAACCCUCCACGAAGUGGGAUUGGCGCUGCCCCCGCCGCGGGCCCCCGCGGGGCAGGGGCCUCGAACCCAUCCUUGACCCUCUCGUGCGCGGACGCUUUUACCACCUUGUCCCGCCAUCCCAACUUCUCUCGAGCCAGCGACGAGAUUUCAUCCUGGUUACCCAAGCUGCACCCUCUCCCCAAUCCUCGGGAUGUCGCCCCCGCCGAGGGCUCACGGGGGCCCAUGGAGGUAGAGGCCGCCAGCGUCAUGGGUGUCCUGCGAUACUUUGACCGGCGCUUUGCCGACAAAUAAGGAACUCUUUUUUUUCUUUUCUUUUCUUUUCUUUUCUUUUCUUUUCUUUUCUUUUCUUUUCUUUUCUUUUCUUUUCUUUUUUCCCUUUUUCGUCCUUUUCUUCACUCUUCUCUCUCCCUUUCUUCCUUUUCUCUUCUUUUUCUCCUGUUCGACCGCCUUUGUUUAUUUUUCAUUUUUAAGUUCUGAUGAUACCCAAACCUGACUCACGUAUGUCUGAGUUUGUACUUUAUACGACCCUUGUUUUGUUCAUCUUCAGGUUUUGACCAGGUCCUGGGGUUCUGGAUCAACCCUGCCAUACCCACCACAAAAAAAAAAAAAAAAAAAAAAGUUCGAUUACUCGCUUCUGAUGGAUUCAUGAUUUGGACGACAACGGAAAAGCCGAACCUACCCACUGAAACAAGAAAAGAAAUGCAAUUGAGAAAAACUAGAUCAUUAGAUCCGAUUCGGUGUCUGUCGUCUUGUCUGGAUUGAUUUAUGAUAUGGAUGGAUAUAUGAAUCUGUUAUCGGAAAGGCUCAGGCACGCUAUCGUGAAUAUCUUAGAUGGGUUGGGAGGCAUGGAUGGCGUUUUGGGUUAAUCAUGUCAUGUUAC